AUGAUGGACUCGAUCAUGACAACCAUGAACGCACCGAAUGGUUCACUUUCGAAUGCAGCACAAUUAUUUACUCUUGUCAAGGAAAUGACCAAAUGUUAUUCGAUUAAAUUCAAUGAAUUUCUAGAGAGAGGUCGAGAGGAUGAUUUUGUGAUGGCAUUUCGAGAAUUCUUGACAUGUGAACACAAUGACAUGACUCUUGAUCUCAUUUAUGAAAUUGAAGAUUUUAAAUUGUGUCCAAAAGAGGAUUACAAAAAACGAUUUAAAAAGGCAAAGAAAAUGAUUCAAUGGUAUAUUAGAGAUGAUUCAUCGAGACAAGUGAAUUUACCAGCAACUCUGAAAGAUCAAUGCAUGUCAGAAUUUGAAAAGUCAACAAUUUCUAAAAAUGGAAAUCAUGACAAUCUGUCCUCACUUGAAGCCAUCUUUGACAAGAUUUACACACAUCUCCAUUACUCUCUAAAAAGUGAUAAUUUCUUCAGAUUUACAUCGAGUGACCUUUUCGUGAAAUGUAUUCUUCAAAAUUUACAAACUCUCAAACAAAAACUUCAAAACUCCAACAUGUCCAAUUCCUCAAACAAUAACAACAACAAUCAGUCACCACCAAAUUCAGCUCCUUCUCAUUCCAACACUUCCACCUCUCCUCGUCAACAAGAUUCACAAAGUCAACAAUUAUGGAAUAAUGUCUUGGAAUUAUUUUUUUUGGAAAUUGGAGAAAAGAAAUUAUUACCAUCCAACCUUAAUGCUCCAAACAACAAUGGAAACAACUACAACAAUACUGGUCAUAACAAUGGUGCCAUUCAUGACUCAAGUCCAGUAUCUUCUCAGAGUCAAUCAUCUCAAGAAAAUGAUUCCAAUGUCACGAAUCAUCCAAAAUUGGUACCUUCCCAAUUCUUCCUUAAUGUAAAUAGUUUCAAUUCCUCAUCAGAUUCUCAAUCCUCAUCGCCCAAUUCUUUAUUGCCUUCCACUUCUCCUCCUCCUACUCUUUCUCCAAGAGGUUUAAAUCAACAAUUACUUACAAAAGAUUUAACACAACUAGCUUUGGAAUUGGAUGAAAUUUUAGAAGAACCAUUCACUCAAAAUCGAAUGGUUCAUGAAAAACAUUUUCGAUUUAUUCAUUCAUUGGCAAUGUCGAAUAAUUUAUUUACAAAAUUAGAUCCACCUAUUGUGAACCAUGAAAAACAAGAAAAUACAAAUCAAAAUGGAUCCAACGCUCCAGUUGCAUCCAUGAAUUGGACAUGUGCCUAUACUGCUGACUUAAAACAUCCAAAAAAGAAGAAAUCUUAUCGAUUAUUUAAACAAACUGGAAUUUUAAAUGCAUCUCCGUUGGAAGUUUUGUAUUCGAUUUUGGAUGCUGAAUAUUCGAGAAUUGUUGGAGAUCAAAUGAAUGAAGAAUCCAAUCCAUUGGAAUAUGUGUCAUGUGAUUUUUCCACAAAUAGAAAGAGGAGAGCAUUGUCAAAUCCUCCGUUGAAAGAAAAUGGGAAUUCCAAUUCGUGUGAAAACAUGACAUCUUGUCAAGAAGAUGAAUUUCACUCGACUUGGGCCACAAGAAUGCUUUUCAAAUUAGGUUUUCCUUUGAAAUCAAGAGAGUUUUUAGUGAGCAUGUCAUUGCGAAAUGAAACAUUGGCCAUGUGGGAUUUGAAUGGAACGAGAAGUGAAAAAAUUUUUAGAGAAAUUUGUAAAGAUCCUUAUUCGAAUUUUACAUUGGUGAGGGCUCCUUAUCAAUACAAUGAGGAUAAGAUUGAUGUUGUGAAGAAUCAUACACGUGGAAUAUUUUUUGGAGGAACCAUUAUUGAAAAAGUUUCUGAAAACCAAACACGAUUCACUCUCGUUUCACAUAUUAACAUGAAUACCAAAAUACCAACUUCACUCUAUUACAGCUCUGCUCGAAAUCGAACGGUCGAAGUGAUUUCCUCCAUUCAGUCCGUUGUUGAAAUUCUCAGAAAUCGAAAAUAUCAAAAUUCUACGUCAGACGAACAUUCAAGCAAUGAGAGUUUAUCUUCUUCUUCUGAAACAAGUUCGAACAUGAAAUUAUUUCCAACUUCUCCUCGAAUUUUGGAAAAAACCAUCAAAUCAGAAAUGUUAUUAAGGACACUGAAUGAAAAUAUGCAAAAAAUUGGAUCGAAAUAUGGAUUUACCAUUGAAGAGUUGAUUUCACAUUAA